AUGUUUGCGAUGGCUAGGAAAAAAUUGAGUAUUCGAAGGUAAGUUCUCUCCAUUUUUCUUCUGCUUCUUCAAAACAAAUGAGUGAUGACAAAUGAGACGUUCAUUUUUUUUUGAGUUUGAAAAAAAAGUUUGAAAUAUGAUCUGGCACCUUUUCAUUUUUUCGCAGUCUCACAAAUUUUUUCGAAAAAACUGAAGAAAGAUGUCGUCUUUGACGAGAAAACUUCGAAAAUUAUCGGCGAAAUCUUUGCGAGAAAAAUUUGAAAGACAAGCUGAAUGUGAUGAACAUGUUUUUGAUGAUUUGUGAGUUUUUGGAAUUCUUGAGAAUUUUUUAUUUGAGCUGAUUUAAUUUUUCUGAAAAAUUUAAGAAAAAAAAAUAAGAUUUCAAACAACGGAAAAAUAUACGUUUCAACUCGAAUGGAAAUAAUCAGAAGAAAAUUUGUGACAAUUUUUUUGUAGCACUGUCAUUAAUAAAAAAUGUAUUAGGAAAAACAGUUUUUUUUUAAACAAAUUCGCUCAUAACAUCAAAUUCAAAAAAUCCUCCCAUUUUUUCCAGAAGAGAAUCUCGAAAAUGGCGUGAACCUCCAGAAAAAAGUUUGCGAUUUGAAAAUGUUCGAAUACGAUCAACAAACUUCGAAGAUGAACAAGUUGAAGAAGUCAAAAAACAAUUACAAGAUGCUCUUCAACUUUGUGGAAUUGAGAAUGAGAUCGCAACGUUUCUCAAGAAAAAAUUUGAUAAUCUUUAUGGUAAGACACUCUUUUUGAAAAUUCUAGAAAAAAACAACAAAAAAAUUUCCUAUAGGUGGACAUUGGAAUUGUGUAGUUGGCCGAAAUUUUGGAAGUCACUUGGAUCCCGUCAAAUAUAUUCAUAUAACUGUUUCUAAAAUAUCAGUGAUAUUAUUCCGAUAA